AUGUCGUUCUUUUACGAUAUGAAGCAACAUUUCGGCACUACAAACCUGUAUGAAGUGUUGAAUUUGGGUAACCUUAAAGUAGAUGGUGGAAAAUAUAGCCGGGAAGAAAUUAAGAAGGCCUUUUUUCAAUUAUCGCUGAAGUUUCAUCCAGAUCGAUGUCAUGAUAAAAGAUUAAAGUCUGAAGUAACAGCUAAAUUUCAAAUUCUGAGUCGUGCUUACUCUGUACUCAGUGAUCCCAAAAAACGAACGAUUUAUGAUGAAACGGGUAUCGUGGAUGAUGAAGGAAAUGAGUCUGAUGACGGAGACUGGCUUUUGAAAUGGAAAUCAUGUUUUAAAAAGAUGACAAUGGAUGAUAUCGAACAGUACGUAGAGAAUUAUAAAAACUCUAACGAAGAACGUGCUGCAGUCAAAGAAGCCUAUAUUAAGCACGAAGGUGAUAUGGGAAAAAUAUUGAACGAUAUUUUGGGUGUUUCAUACAAAGAUGAAGAUCGUUUGCGUGGUAUCAUAAGAGAAAUGAUUAAAACAGGAGAAUUAAAACCAUUAAAAUUCUUUGUUGCUGAAUCGAAUAAGCGAAAAAUGAAACGAAAAAGAGCAGCAGAACGAGAAGAAAAAGAAGCAAAGAAAUUGUUGGAUGAGAUUACUAAAAAAGAAGGCAAGCUAGAUCUUCAAUCUAUGAUUCGAAACCGGCAGCUCAAAAAUGCAGAAACUUUCGAUGAGUUUUGUGAUUACUUGGUAGAUAAGUAUGCAAAAAAGAAAAAAAACUAA